AUGGAUAGCAGUCAGAGCAAGGGUUCAGAUAUAGCUCGAAUGAUUUGGAUUGUUGGAGCCCCGGUUAUUUUCGCCGUUGGAACUUUUGGUAACAUCAUGACAAUGAUUGUACUAUCACGCAAACGAAACAAGCCGUCGUCAACUUCUGUUUUCCUGUCAGCUAAAGCACUCUUUGACAUAGUUGUGAUGGUCAUAAUGUUGCCUCGAUGGUGGAUAAUCUAUCUCACUGGUAUAGAUAUCCGUCAUAUUAAUAACUUUGUGUGCAAAUUUCAAUUCUUCGUCAACUACUUCAGUGGAAGUAUCGGCAGCUUCCUGCUGGCAGCUGUUACAAUUGAGCGCGCCAUAUGUACCGCUAAACCUUACCUUGUAAAGAAUAUAUGUACUGUAAACAUUGCGGUAAUCAUUUCAAUUGCUCUUGCGCUCACAGCGUGUGUAAUUCAUGGACAUAUGUUUUUUGGUAUGAAGUUGUACGAAGUAACAUACAAGGAGACAUCUGAAACUAUUUCGUUUCCCUUGGAUUCAAAUGAAAAAUCGACCAAUACAUGUGAAUUUAUUCUAGACCAGUAUUUUGAUACCAAAAUCGAUCCUGCCGGUGAAUUUAGGUUCAAAGAUUAUGCAAGCGCUUUAAAUUCUACCACUGAAGAAUGUAUAGACGAUUUGUUUGUCAAGAUUGAAACAAAUGAAAAGUUAACUGCCACGAAAACAAUCAAAGUAUGCUGGUAUGACGAUCCAGGAUAUGGACAAUAUUUUUCGGGAAUGCAUCAAAUUCUUUUAGCUAUCAUCUUCACGACCAUACUGACAAUCUUCUUUGUUGGUGGUUUGAUUAUAAUAAAAGGUCUACAAAAAAGCAGAAAGCUGCGGAAGAGUAUGACGAACACAAACAGACAAACAUCUGGCAAUAAACCAGCAUUUGAUGACCAAGCUAGACAAAUAACUGUGUCAAUACUUUUUGUUAACGCACUAUUUGUUCUUAUGGGAAUACCUGCGCUUAUUUACCUGAAUGGAAUAUCGGCCUGGAUUGACGAGGACACUGGCAUGACUGAGAUACAGGAAAUAAUGUGGGCGGUUGUAAAUAUGUUGGCCUACGCCAAACACGCAAUUAAUUUCAUCUUGUAUUUCCUCAGUGGACAACGAUUUCGUAGUCAAGUGAAGGAAACAUUCGGAUGCUUCAAAAAUCCGAGUGCCGAACGUAGUAAAAGCAUGCCUGUUAAUCGGCUUGUUUCCGUCGCCAGCAGUUAUGAUCUAAGUUUGAAAAAAAAGCCUUUAACUGAAUGA